AUGUAUCAGCGCAUUAUCAGGCGUGAGUCCCCGACCGACGAGCUUCGCGAGUUCCAGUUAACGACCGUUACGUACGGUACCGCCUCGGCGCCCUACUUGGCAACAAGAUGCUUGCAGCAGUUGGCCGAGGAAGGCGAGGUUUCCCAUCCCACAGCAGCGAAGAUCUUGAAGAAGGACUUCUAUGUUGACGACAUGAUCACCGGAGCUCAGAACGAAGAAGAGGGCAAACUGUUGGUCAACGAGAUGAUCGAGUUGAUGAGUUCCGCUGGAAUGACGCUGCGCAAGUGGAACUCAAGCCACGAGAAGAUACUGGAAGGUCUACCAGAUCACCUGCGUGAUGUUCGAGAUGUUCUGGAACACCUCUUCCACUAUCACCAAACGAAUCGUUGCCUCGGAUGCGUCCUGCUUUUCGAUCCGCUUGGGCUCAUAAGUCCGGUCGUAGUCCAAGCAAAAAUAUUCAUGCAGACCUUGUGGAAAAACGGCUACACUUGGGACGAGCCACUGCCAGAGGAACUGCAGGAGUAUUGGCGCGAGUACAGAAGAAACCUCCUUGCAAUAGAAUCCCUUUCCGUUCCACGCUGGGUUGGCUACCUCAAGGAUUGCGUUGAAAUACAAUUGCACGGAUUUUGUGACGCCUCGGAAUUGGCGUACGGUGCUGCAUUAUACUUGCGAUGCACGCAUCGUGACCGAUCUGUGACCGUGCAUUUGGUAACGUCCAAAUCGAGAGUUGCUCCGUUGGAAGAUCUCUCGAAGAAGAACCGGAAGCAAUCCAUACCGCGCCUGGAGCUCACGUCGGCACUCUUGCUGAGUCAUCUGUUGGAAGCUUUCCGUGCGAGUGUUGACAUCCCGAUGAAGGUAUUCCUGUGGACCGAUUCCAUGAUCGUGCGAUGCUGGUUGGCGUCCAUUCCGUCGCGAUGGCAGACGUUCGUUGCGAAUAGAGUUUCGGAGAUACAGCAUCUGACCCGAGACUGCCAAUGGUGCCACAUCGCUGGUACCGAGAACCCCGCGGACAUCGUGUCCCGCGGAAUGAACCCUGCUCAGCUGUGUUACCAAACUCUAUGGUGGAAUGGUCCAUACUGGCUUCAGAUGUACCACGGUACCUGGGAAGAAGGCGCUCAGGUCGACGAAGAUCAAUUCGACGCAGAGGUGCUGGAAGUGAGAAAUGUUGCCGCGCUACCCGUUGCAGCGGCACAACCGAGCGACAUGUUCUCGAUCCAUUCGUCGCUCACCAAAACGGUUCGACUUGCUACCCUUUGUCGUCGUUACCGAUACAAUGCCCAAGCUGUGCACAGAACCUGUUGGAAAUUCGGACCAAUCACCAAGGAGGAGUUUGAGGAGAGCUACAAGCAGCUGAUCAUUCUCGCCCAGAAAGAAAGCUUUCCACAAGAACUGACGGAUCUCGAGAGAGGAAGAGAGGUAAAAGACUCGUCGGUGCUGCAUGCUUUGCAUCCGCAGCUGGUCGAUGGGAUAAUUCGGGUCGGCGGCCGGCUGAGAAACGCACCUGUGGCCGAGAGUAGAAAACAUCCGAUCAUACUCCACCAUCGCCAUCCGCUAUCCAAGCUAGUUCUGACGCAUUACCACGAGAAAUUCUACCACGCUGGCCAACAGUUGCUGGUCGCCAGUGUCAGAGGAGAGUUCUGGAUCACCUCGAUUCGCACCCUGGCGCGAAAGGUGAUAUUUGAAUGCGUAGACUGUUUCCGAGCAAAGCCCUCCGUUCUACAGCAGCUGAUGGCAGAUCUUCCUCUCGAGAGAGUCAACCCCGCACCCCCAUUCCUCAAGGUUGGAUUAGACUACUGUGGGCCGUUCCUGGUGACCUACCCGAACCGCCGCAGUAGUCCCAAGAAAUGCUUCGUAGCGGUGUUCGUUUGCCUCGUUACCAAAGCGGUUCAUUUAGAACUCGUGGCUGAUUUAACAACUGAAGCUUUCCUCGCCGCACUCAAACGCUUUGUGGCACGCCGUGGACGCCCGGAGGUCAUCAUGUGCGACAACGCGAAGAACUUUGUUGGGGCUAAGCGAGAGUUGAAAGAAUUGCUUCGCUUGUUCCUCGACCAGCAGUUCCAGUACACCGUGACUGCGCACGCCGUAAACGAGCGAAUUGACUUCAAGUUCAUUCCGGCCAGAUCUCCCAACUUUGGAGGCUUAUGGGAAGCUGCUGUAAAGUCGUUUAAAGGUGCCUUCAAGCGGACCAUCGGAACGAAAACUCUGCAGUACGACGAGAUGAUUACUGUGCUGACACAAGUCGAAGCCGUCUUGAACUCGAGACCACUCACCCCGAUAAGCAACGACCCUGGAGACUUCGAGGCCUUAACCCCAGGUCAUUUCCUCGUGCAACGGCCUCUGACAGCAAUCGCUGAACCGAACCUUGAGGCAGUGCCUACGAAUCGUCUUUCCGUUUGGCAGCGCGCCCAAAACUACGUGCAGAUGCUGUGGAAGAAAUGGACGUCACUCUACCUGUCCGAUUUGCACAACAGGACGAAAUGGACGAAGGCACGGGAUAACAUUGUAGUUGGAACAAUGGUUCUCUCCAAGGAUGAACGCCUGCCGCCACUGCGGUGGCCGCUUGGUCGCGUUACGAAGGUGUUCCGCGGACCAGACAACAACGUGCGAGUCGUGACUGUUCGCACACAGAACGGUGAAUACCUGCGAGCGAUUUCAAAGAUCUGCGUGCUCCCAAUCCGGGACAACGUAGAGCUUGCCAGCCAAGAGAACUAG